CUUACUUAUAAAACUUGCAAACAGCGGUGUGCCGACAUUGCGAUCUCGCGAGAUUUUUUUUUAUCAAAAUUCUAUUAUGAAACAGCGCCGUUUGCCUGCUGUGACACACAACAUUUAAGAUGACAUUUCAUGUCAUCAUAUCUUUUCGUCUAAUGAUUUGUGAUUUGCAACCAGAUAAUUUGCAUUCCUUUCUGACCACACAGACAACAUACUUCGUAUACUCGAGUUUAAUUGUAUUUGAAUGUUAAUAAGGAGAACAGUAGUUAGUGUUAUAGAACACUGCCUUUUGAAAAAACUGGCUGUUUAUUCAGUUGGCGAGUAUUUGGAGCUAUUUAUUCAAAAGCUCCAAAUAUUUACUGGUUAUUUAUUCAUUUCUCUUACCUUGAGAUUUGAGAAUGUAUGGAGAAACAUGCCACGUACGAGUUUCGUGUCAGUCAUGUUUAACUUAUUUUAAACAGCUGAUCUAUGUGAUUGUCAAAGCAAUAUUAUAACAAAGCCUAGAAACUAACGUCGGUAUAAUAUGGUAGUUGUGGACUUGUGUUGGAGAUUUUGUUGAGGAAGGAAAGAAAUAAACGUUGUGAAAAAUCCUUACCGUGCACAAAAACAUUUGUUUUGUUUUUGUCAGCGUUGGAUUUUAUCGACUCUCUUUUCUUCGUCGCUUUCGUGGAACUUUUGUGAGACGUAUUUUUAAUUAGUGGAAGAAAUCUUACCAAAUGUUACGGUAAGAAACACCUUAAAAAACAAACAAACCACAGACACAACAGAUUUUCAUAUUGAUUUAUUGGAGAGCUGGCAAAAUUUGUUGAAGUGUCGUCUAAACGCCAGAUUGUUCAUACAUUAUAAAAACAUUAUCAAUCAUAUGUUGACAAUACAGUGAUUUAUUUCUGAAAAAUCAUUCACGAUAAUGAUGAAGGUUCGUAAGGUGAAGAUAGCAUCAUGAAACAUGAUAUAUUUACCUAUAGUACACGUGAUUUCAUUUUUCUAAAGAAAUUCACCUCAGGCGUUGUUACAUACAAGUGCUAAAAACUCCUUCAUAACCGAGAAUGACUUGGCUGUGCCGAAAUCCCUGCUUAUUGACAGUGGCAAAAUCUGCCUUUCUGAUUCUUUUCUUGACAAAGGGUGGUCAUAGCCGAGGAAAUUUUUACGUAGAAUUAGAAUUCUAUGAAGAAAAAGGAAACGACUGGACGACAAAAUGCAUUAAACUUUGUGUGACCACAUCGCCAUCAGGAUUUCCUAAAUGUAAUCUCAAAAGCACAACUGGUGUUACAAAAGUUGAUCUAACACAUAAACGCAUUUCUCCAUUAUAUCGCCGAUAUCUUUUUCCAUUUUCUGACUGGGAGGACAACAGUGAAUUAAGUGUAAUUGUAUGGAAAUUACCGAAAGGCAAAUCAUGUGACACGUCGAGUUCAACAAAUACUACCAAAUAUGGACAGUCUACCGUCAUUAUACCACGGUUAGAAAGAUUGAAAUUUUUAUACUUCGUUACAAAGAAUUGGAAAGUCGGUAUAGGAUCAUGUUUGCUCUGCAAUAAACGUGGUUGUCUUCUUCCUUGCAUUCCUCAACAAAAUGAUACAACAGGACAUUAUACAUGUGAAGAUGGAAACAAGAAAUGUACACCUCGAUGGUAUGGAAGAAAUUGUCAAAAAACUUGUGUCAAAUCUGAUGACCCUCCUGGUAACUACCAAUGUUCAAAAACAGGUAAAAGAAUUUGUUUACCUAACUGGUUUGGUGAAAAUUGCAAUACGUUCUGUGAUUCAACUUUGUCAAAGACAUAUACUUGUGAUGUGAAGGGAAAGAAACACUGUAUUGCUAACUUUUAUGGUGUCAACUGUUCAAUUUAUUGCAAUGACACUGCAUCAACCUAUCAUUGUGAUAAAAAUGGUAGAAAAGUUUGCAAGAUCAAUUGGUUUGGUUUGAAUUGUUCAAGAUUUUGUAAUACCAGCAAAACAAACUAUCUAUGCUCUUCAAAUGGAAGUAAAAUUUGUCCCAAUAACUGGUUUGGUAAUUUGUGUGAUGUCUUUUGUAACAUUACAGCCUAUAAUUAUAAAUGUUUAUUUGACGGACGUAGAAAAUGUCGUAAAAACUGGUUUGGAAGUCAUUGCAAAACAUUUUGUGAUACAAAUGCUUCAAACUAUCAAUGCAGUGAAAACGGCAGUAAGACCUGUUUUCCAAACUGGUUUAACGACAAUUGUAACAAGUUUUGUGACCUGAAGGCGACCCGUUAUAACUGUACACACGAUGGAGAAAAAAUCUGCUCGGUAAACUGGUUUGGAAAUAAUUGUGACAAAUUUUGCAACAACAGUUUAUUUCAUGAUUACGCAUGCAACAAGACGGGAGAUAAAGUAUGUUCUCCAGGCAAUAAAUGUUCAAAUCAUUGUGAAAAAAUAACAUCAACGAACGACCUUUAUUGGUGCAAAAGGACAAAACGUUCAAAUCACUGUCCUUACAAAUGGCACCAGAGAGGUUGCUCAAAACAAUGUUUUCAAGGCCAAGAAGAUAAAAUGGAACAAAUCUUGAAUGGUUGUAAAACAAAUCCAGGUGAAAAACAGUUAUGUUCACAGCACUCUAUGGAUAUGGAUCCCAAUUGUGAGUCAAUGACGGAAGGUGGCAACAACUUUAAACGUUCAUCUGACAAACGCAUUUCAAAAUUGCUUGUUGUUGGCUCGUCUAGCAGUUUGCUUUUGAUUUCAUUAGUGGUCGUGAUUAUAUUCUUUCUAAGAUUUCGAAAAAAAGAAGAGAGGGUUGUGAAACCAGUUAUUCAUGUAAAGGAAAACAAAAGCUUUGAUUGGGUGAUAUCAGAAAUAUAAAACAAUUUCAGAUAUUUUGAAAAGCGUAAGGAUUUUUGCCAACAAUGAGCAUGUAUAUAACGAUGUAAUUAUGUACAAUUACCGACUAAGGUGUUGAUAUCAUCCUGUCCAGCUUAAUGACUUCAAAAAUAGCUUCAUUAAAGCUUAUUUGUAAAUAUUGAGGAAACGACGAUACAGACUGUUGUUGUUUUACAAUGGGCUUCAGUUAUUGUUUAAAGUUGACACGCGUAUAAUCUUGGAGGAAAUUUCUGUCGAAAAAAGUUUGGCUGGAUACUUUAUAAUGACAAACCGGUGCUUCCAAUUCACCAUUUUGUGCUUAUCCUUUUUAGGAUCAUACUUAUAACAACGGAGCAUGCCUCUGCAAAUGGAAACAUCAUAUCAUUGUAAAGAGAUAGUUGUUAACUUACAUAUUCAUGCAAUUAUUCUUAUUCAGUACAACUCUCCCUAAUGUUGUCACCAUCACGUUUAUUUAUCGUAACGUUUUUGUGGAUUGAUUGAAAAGAGCUUUUAUCGUGAUGUUGUUUUUCACGAUUAUA